AUGGGUUUGUAUCCACCGGCGUUGUUGUAUCGUGAGGGUGCAGAUGGUAAUGUUCAUUCCGGUAUAAGUAUUGCAUGGUUAUUGUCAAAUUUUGGAGCAUCUGCGACGUUAACGUCAGUGGCGUCAAAUUCUGGUAUUGGUGGGUCAAGAUGUAAAAAGAAGGAUAUAGUUAGUGUAUCAAUCCCUGAAACUUGUAAAGCAAUUUUGGAUAACGGUUCUGAGAUUCCUUUAAAAUUUAGUUCAAAUUUACUCUAUGGUGUUACAGUAUGUUACUCUAAAAAGACGGACUUCAUCUUGUCAGAUGUUGUGCAAAUUAAAGGACAGCUGCAAAGAAAACUAUUUGGGUUAGAAAGUGAAUGGAAGCAUACUCGCAAUGCUAUUGUUGAGGGCCAUCGUGAGGAGAGUGUUCUAGAGCGAGAGUUGUUAAGCGACGAUCCGUGUUUUGAUAUUAAUCAGUGGGCGAACAUAAAAUUGGAGUUGGAAGAAAAAACCAACGAUGUCAGGCAGGCUGAAUUAAAGAAACUUGACUUUUUACAGGAAGUAAACAACGAUGAUGAGACGUUUAUGCAUGCUGGUUCUGGUGUGCAGGACCGUUUAGGCACUCUAGAAGAUGACUUUGGCACAAUUGAUAUGGACUUGAAUUUUGACAUUGACGAUUUGGUCAGUCAGGAUGGAAAUCGUCGAGAGUUGGAGGCGCAUGACGUAUCCAGUGAACCAAAUUUUGAAUUAAAUUUCAAUGAUCCGGUCGACAAGGACGUUGAACAGCUGCCCGAUAUGAUGGAAGGAUCGUUAUUGCAAGAAGAAUUUCCUCCAUCGGCGGCUAAGAGGCCUUUAAGCGCUGAAGUUUCUAUUGAAAAAGAAAAUCCAGGAUCUGAAGAGGAAAUCCAGAUUGACAUUGAGCCGCCAAUGAAGAAAAGGACCAACUGUCUAAGCAAUCAUGUUUUAGGCAGGAUAGUUCGGGAUGAAACCAUUGGACUGUCUACAGAUGUUCUUAGAUCGAACUUUAGUGGGUACGUUGAAAUGAUGGCUACGCAAAAUAGCAAAAAUAUGGGUGCCCCAAAGCCAAGUGAUCAUGGAAUACAGUCAUGGAAAGAAUUAUUGGAUUUGAAGGAUAUGCCUGCGUUCUUAUCAUCUUCCUAUGAUGGCCUAUUUGAAGCAGAGGAAUACGGAAGCAAGUUAACGUACGUAGAGAGGGGUAGGGCACUUACGCAAUCAUCGGUGGCUUCCUCGCGCUCGAGCAGUGACAUGAGUACUGAACAAGGCCGUAGGGUGGGUCCUAAUUUUGAUUUAAAGAGAAGAUCAAGUAAUAGUGACUCACAGUCUCAUUUGCUACCAGUAUUUUUAGAGGACGAACCGUUGCCAGGGGAUUACCAUUUUGGUGCAGAUGACGGUUACCAAAAUCAAGAUUUCAUGACUGCAAACCUGCUACCGUCAAGCAUUGGGCGUGUAGCUAGCAGACAUGCAACUGCAGAUUCUGGGGAACAUGUUGAGAUUCUGAGGUUAACUGUAAAUGGACAAGCAAGGACCGCAACUCGCAGAGGAUCCGGUACAGAAUCUUCACAACCAAGCGAUGUUGCAUAUGAGGAAUCAUCUUUGGGGUCAGAGUUUUCCGCAGCCCCAGAUGCCAUCCUGGAUGCGCAAACGAAGAAAUUUUAUGAUUACAUUAAAGAGAGAGCAGACUUCGUUGGAAAAACAACCAGAUCACACCCACCAUUUCACAAAAAGUUGUUGUUUGAAGACUUAAUUCCAAGCAAUAUAUCUCAGAAUGUUGCAAGCAAUCCAUACAAUUUUAAACCAGUUAGCAAGCGAAUUGCCGCCACUGCAUUUCUUUCGAUGUUAAAUCUAGCAUCCAAAGAAAUGAUUGAGAUUGAGACUUUUGAUUUAGAGGACAAGUGCCAGGUAAUGAAAGGAGAUGAUAUUGUGGUCUACUGCUGA